AUGGCAGAAGAACUGUCUCCAGAGCAGGUGGAACAGUACCGUGCAGCCUUCUCCAGGUGCGACACAGAUGAGGACGGCAAAAUUAAUGUCCAGGAGCUGGGCGAGGUGAUGAAGGCCCUGGGUCAGAACCUCUCAGAGGCCGAUUUGAAGAAGAUCAUUGCCAGCGUAGACACAGAUGGUGAUGGCACUAUCAGCUUCCAAGAGUUCCUGGCAGUGGUGGCCAAGAAGAUGAAGAAUGGGCCCACUGAAGAGGAACUUCGGAUGGUCUUCCGUGCCUUUGACCUGAAUGGUGAUGGUCACAUCAGUGUGGAGGAGCUCAAGCAGGCCAUGGUCCAGGUUGGGGAGCAGCUUUCCCAGGAGGAGCUGGACACCAUGAUCCGCGAGGCAGAUGUGGACAAGGACGGGAAGGUGAACUAUGAGGAGUUUGUGCGCAUCCUCACCCAGAAGUGA